AUGGCAUAUCAUUUUGAAUCAUCUGAAGCUUAUCUUUUUGAUUUUGACUCCGAAACUUGGGAGAAAAUCGAUAUCGACUGGAAUGAAAAUUUUGGAACUCGUUUUUGUGUAGUUUAUUGUGGGACAACUGUAUUGCUUAUUGGAGGUAUUUAUAAUGGUACUUUAAAUAGAGUUUUGCAAUUAGAAAAUUCUUCUAUUAGAAAACUUACACCUAUGCUUUCUAAUAGAGCUGACUUGUGUGCGGUAUCUUCGUCAGACACAAUUUACGCUAUAGGAGGAUAUAAUGAAGAGUCGGAGCAAGCUUUAAGCACUGUGGAAGCUUUUAAUAUUGAAAAAAACAAAUGGACGUCUUUGCCUCAACUAAUUUACCCCAGGGUCAACUCCGCAGCAAUAAUUAAUGCACAAUUUAUCUACGUUUGUGGAGGUGUCGGAGUAUCCACAAUAGAAAGAUUUGACAUGCAUAAUGAAGAAUGGGUUUUAUGUGAUUUGAUCUUGCCUGUGAGCAUCUCGUCACUUGGGAUUUUUGUUGUAGCAAGUGGCUCUGUCAUGAUUUUUGGAGGAAAAGAUGAGUCAGGGGCAGCUUUACAGAAUGUGUGGAUGUUUGAUUUGCAGAAUGAGUCCAUAGUCAUGCAGCAGCAACUAAGGAAGCCGUUUAGUGUAAACAAGCCUACGAUAUUGAGAUUUGGAAUGAUUUAUUUGUUCAAUAAUAAAGAAUUUACCACUUAUAAUAUAGGGAGGCUAAGGGAAAGAACAUUAUCGGAGAUUAGCUUGACUCCUUCAAAAAUUGAGUAUGUCAGAAAUGAAGAUUUCCAGCUUCUUCUGCGAAUGGGCAAACCAUUUGAAAAUCCUAUUAUUUUGGGGAUAUAAAAGAGAAAGUUGUUUUAAUCGAUAUUUUGAUUUAAUUAAAUAUUUUUAAUAAGUAAAUUUUUAAUAAAAUUUAAAACUUAAUUAUUAAUUUUUUGCAUUGAGAGCAUAAACUCAUAAGUAAUGAAAUUUCCAAAAAAUAAAAAUUGGAAAUUUGCAAAAAAAUUCCUUUCAAAAAAAAUUAACAGCCCACAGACCGAGUAGAAUUUUUUACUCGAUGAAGGAAAAAGUAAGAAAUUCACUAGAGCAGGGGAUUUUUCAUGUAGAUAGACACUCAGUUAACUCUUUUAAGGUCUCAUUGCCCAACUCUCCGAAAGUUCUUAUAGUAAGACGAAUCGGCAAAGAUGAUGAAAUUGAGUCAGUUUAUAUGAGAACAGUCAGGUAUUUAUUAGACAAAAACACCACAGUUUUCGUUGAAGCUGACAGGUCUAAAGAUCUGAAUCCCCAAGUCAGGAGGUUCCAUGAAGGAUUAUGUGAUAAAAUAAAUUUGGUUAUUACACUAGGAGGAGAUGGGACUGUAAUAUGGGCUAUCAGCCUUUUCAAACACAAAUCAAUGCCACCGUUGCUUGCCUUCAACAUGGGCUCUCUCGGGUUUAUGACAUCUUAUAAUGUAGCCAAUUUGACUGAAGUUUUAGAUCAAGUUUUUACCUCGCCAAGUAUUCAUGUAGAUUUGAUGUCAAGGCUGAAAUGCCAUGUAAAAGACAUCAGUGAAAAAGCUUGAGGUCAAGCUGCUAAUGAAAUUUGCAUUGAUAGAGGUCCUGGUGUUUCUUUGUUAGAGCUUGAAGUUUAUCUUAAUGGAGAAUUAUGCACAACAGCAAUUGGAGAUGGACUUCUGAUUGCUACGCCCUGUGGAUCAACUGCAUAUUCUUUAUCGGCAGGAGGUUCUAUUGUGCAUCAUGGAGUUCCAGCUAUAUUGAUAACUCCUAUAUGUCCUCAUUCUUUAUCAUUUAGACCAAUUUUGCUUCCGGAUUCUGUGACAAUUACUAUUAAAGUUCCUGAAAACUCAAGGAUACCUGCAUGGGUUGGAAUUGAUGGGCAUUCAAAAUUUAAACUUGCAAGAGGAGCAUCUAUGGAUGUGACUGUUUCCAACUACCCUGUGCCAAGUAAGAGCUAUUUAGAUAUAAAUUUAAAUCAUGAUAUUGCAUCAUGACUUGGAAGAUUAAAUAAUAUCUUAGGAUGGAACGAUAGAAGACGCCAAAAACCUAUAAUACCUUAUUAG